AAUGAAAACGUUUAGUGAACACUCUGUAAAAUGAAACUAAAAAUAAUUGUUUUAACACUAUUAAUAAUAUCUGUCAAUGCUGAAAAGAUAAGCUAUGAAGGGUAUAGCCUUUACAAAGUAACUCCUGAGACAGAAAAUGAUCUGAUACUUUUGAAAGAUCUGCAAAGGAAGGGAGUGGGGGAAUUUUGGGAAGAUUCGUUUUAUAAAAAUUAUGAAAUGAGAAUUAUGGUGCCGAAAGAAAAUAAAAUUUUAUUUAAUUCGAUGCUCGAGAAAUCUGGUAUGGUCGCUGAUGAGACCAUAAAAGAUUUACAGAGAGCGAUCGACGAUCAAUUAAACCCGGCACAGCGGAGUGCACAGGAAAGUCAUUCAUUUCUUUCAAUGAACUGGAACCAAUAUUACACUCUUGAAGAAAUUUAUAAUUGGCUCGAUGAAGUGCAAAAAAACUACCCCACUAUUGUCACAUCGGUUACCAUGGGCACCUCUUUCGAAAACAGACCAAUAAAAGGUAUCAUCAUCGACUAUGGACAAACGAGGAAUGAUACUUUGAUUGGCAUGUUACAAGGCACACUUCAUGCCAGAGAAUGGAUAACAACUGCAACAAUAACAUGGAUAAUCAAAGAGUUUUUGACAAGCACUAAUCGUGAUGUAAGAGCUCUGGCUGAGAAUUUCCAAUGGCAUUUAUUCCCGGUGGUCAAUCCUGACGGAUACGUCUAUACUUUUACAACGAACAGAAUGUGGAGAAAGAACAGGAGCACUCAAAAUUUUACUUCCUGCCUCACCACAGGUGUGGCGGACGAUAUGAGUAAUGGCGUUGAUUUGAAUAGAAAUUUUGACUAUUCUUGGAUGACAUUGGGUACUUCUGAUAAUCCUUGCACUCAAGUGUUCGCUGGACCUGCUGCGUCUUCUGAGCCGGAAACGAGAGCUAUAUCAAAUUAUAUCCUGGGUCUGAAUAGGGAAGGGCGUUUCAUUUAUUUCAUUGACUUCCAUUCCUACACUCAGCUCAUUUGUAUACCAUAUAGUGACGUCAGUGGAAAUGACGUUUUGUCGGCAGAAAAUUAUGCUGAUAUGUUUGAAAUAGCUGCAAGAGGUGCCGAUAAAAUUAGAAACAGAUUUGCAACAAGGUAUAGAGUUGGAGUGGCGAAUGAUAUUCUGUAUCCUAUGAGCGGCACUAAUUUUGACUGGGCAAAAUACGCAGCGAGAAUACCGAUAUCUUAUCUUAUCGAACUGAGAGACUUAGGGGAGUAUGGCUUCCUGUUACCCCCUGAACAGAUUAUACCAAACAAUAUAGAAAUUAUGGACGCAUUAGUGGAAAUGGACAAGACCACUAGACUUUUGGGUUAUUAUUCAGGGUCACAGUCUAGAAUUUAUUACAAAGUAUUUAAGUUAAUUCCAAAAACAGAAGGAGAUGUAGACAUUAUAAAAAACAUACACCAAGAAAACAAAUAUAUCUUCUGGAGUGACAUGAUCAAAGUUGGAAGUGAUGUUAGAAUUAUGGUGAAACCAGAUGAAGCGAACGAUUUUGAAAGCUACGCAGAGAGUGUUGGUUUAGAUGCAAAAUUAAUUAUACAAAAUGUUCAAAGUUUCAUAGAUGCUCAGUUAAAAAGACCAUUAGAGCGAAAUUCGCAACAAUACAAUUGGGAUUACUAUCAAACCUUAGAGGAAAUUUACGAUUGGUUAGACAAAAUUGCUGAACAACAUUCUGAUGUUGUUACAAUAAUAGAUAUAGGAAGAAGCGUAGAGGGAAGAGAAAUCAAAGGUGUAAAAAUUGAUUUUAAGAAAAAAGCAAAUCCAGUUAUAGGUUUCUUCGAAGGAGGUCUGCAUGCUAGAGAGUGGAUAUCUCCCGUAACACUAACAUGGAUUAUAAAUGAAUUCUUAAACAGCAAAGACAGAAAAGUGAGAGAGCUUGCUGAAAAUGUUGUUUGGCAUAUCGUUCCUGUAACCAAUCCUGAUGGAUAUAAAUAUAGUUUCACUGACAAUCGAAUGUGGAGAAAGAAUCGAAAUACCGCAAAUUUCACGUCCUGUGCUCAAUGGAAUCUUGAUGACGAUAUGAGCAAUGGUGUUGAUUUAAACAGAAACUUUGGCUAUCUGUGGAUGGCUACUGGAGCAUCCCAGAACCCGUGCACCCAAAAUUUCGCCGGUCCAGUUGCGUUUUCUGAACCGGAAUCUAUAGCUAUUGCUAAUUACAUCCUCGGCUUACAAAGGGAAGGCAACCUUGUAUAUUAUAUGGGAUUCCACUCCUAUUCCCAGAUGAUCUUAAUUCCUUAUAGCCAUGUUAAAGGAGCUGAUGUCUUGGAAGUUGAAAACUAUGGUGAUUUGUUUGAAAUAGCGGUCAAAGGUGCAGAGAAACUGAAAGAAAGACACAACACAAUAUACAGCGUUGGUACAUCAGCGGACAUAUUAUAUGAAGUAGCUGGUUCCGGUUUUGAUUGGGUCAAAGGAAGUGCUAAAGUACCUUUAGUAUUUCUCUUUGAGUUACGUGAUCUAGGAGAAUAUGGUUUUCUAUUGCCACCAGAACAAAUUAUUCCAAAUAAUGAAGAAGUAAUGGAUGCGUUGGUUGAAAUGGACAGAGUAUCUAGACAAAUAAGGUACUAUUGAAGGAGCAGCUAUAUACUAGGA